CUAAUCUUCCAGUUCGUUGGGAGUUGUCGUCCUAUUUGCUAGGAUGGCAGAUAAAAUCGUCCAUUCCUGCUUGGUGUCSAAGAUUGCCAUCGCUCUAUCGAUCGUCAGUUUGUUCUUAUGCUGUGGUGUGUUCAUACGAACAGAAUUGAUGCUAAACGAGCUGUAUUCAAGAGACAUGAAGCUGCAAGACAAGAUGACUUCAAAACACGACAUAGAUCGACACGGGAAAGAUCAUCAUUCAAAGGAAACCGUUACGAAUCAAGAAGUAAAAGAAAAUAAAGAACUUUUGAGAAGAAAAGUGAGACACGCUACAACUGGUGUCAAUAGCACUGAUAUGUUACUGGUUAAUAUAUUAACAAAGMAAAUCCAUCAAGAGGUCAGUAAAGCUCUUCAGGCUGCCAAGCAUACGAUACGGGGACCUCCCGGUCCACAAGGAGUUAUGGGUAAAACUGGACGGCAAGGACCCCGUGGUUUUCCUGGAAAGAUCGGGCUUCCUGGUCCCACAGGAAUGCCAGGACCACAAGGACCAAAGGGACCGAAGGGAGAUCCUGGUCCUUCCUUAGAACGUCCAACAGUAGUCAUUUCGCCAACACAUCUUAUUGUUAAUGAAAGCCAGUCCGCCAUCUUACAUUGUUCCGCUAGUGGUUAUCCUCAACCUGAUGUUGUCUGGAGUAAAAACAAUGGUACAUUACCACACAAACGAGCAGUAGUUGAUAGCACUGGCAAACUUCAUAUCAAACAAGUGACUGGCAAUGACUCUGGAAUCUAUCAGUGUAAGGCUUCCAAUCUUCUUGGCAGCGCACAAAGCACAAUGAAACUUCAAGUGAACAUUCGUCCAAGGUUGACCUUGAACAAAGGACCAAUCUACGAAAAGAUUGGUAAAGAUAUUCGUCUGCCUACGUGUCACGUGAAUGGAUUUCCUAAGGCAAAGGUCACGUGGUCCAAGUCUAUUGGUUCUUUGCCAAAAAAACGUUUCCUUGUCAAGGAUGGACAGCUGACUAUAGUAAGAGCGAAGAAAGACGAUUCAGGGAAAUAUGUUUGCAAAGCUAAAAUUCCUUUUGGUUCUGUUGUAGGAUCAGUUGUGGUAAAUGUUAUCGAUCUACCUGUGUUUGUUGUCAAGCCUCCAUCGUCGUAUAUUGCCCCUCCUGGUUCAACCGUAAUGCUUAACUGUACAGCUAAAGGUGACCCUCAGCCUGUAAUCACUUGGACAAAAGACAACGGACUUCUUCCUCUUGGUAGAUAUGAAGUGAGAGAUGGGUCUUUGAUUAUAAGGAACGUCACGAAAACAGAUUCGGGUGUGAUUGUAUGCACUGCUACGAGUGCUGGUGUUUCUAUUUCACGUGCAAAUACGACAUUAUCAAUGUAUUUUAAAGAUUGCGCAGAGAUUUACCAAUCUGGACAUAGACAUAGCGGUGUGUACACAGUUCAACCCGACAAUCAGCCUGCAUUUCAAGUCUACUACGACAUGACAACUGAUGGUGGGGGUUGGACUGUGUUCCAGCGAAGACAAGAUGGAUCGGUUGAUUUCUAUCGCGAUUGGCAGAAGUACAAAACAGGUUUUGGAAACCUGAAUGGCGAGUUUUGGUUGGGUAACGAUUACAUCCAUCGAUUGACAGCAAGAACAGCUUCGAGUCUGCGCGUUGAUCUAGAGUACUGGUACGGAGCCAGGACUUUUGCCAAAUAUGGCAAUUUUAGUGUUGGUAACGAAUCAGACAAGUACAGGCUGAGUGUUGGCUCGUAUUCAGGCAAUGAGGCCGAUCCGCUAUCAUAUCAUAACAACAUGGCGUUUAGUACAAAAGAUAGAGAUAACGACAAAAACAGUAAUCACUGUGCCAGACUUUCUAACGGUGGUUGGUGGUAUAAUUCAUGUCAACAUUCAAAUCUGAAUGGAAAGUAUCUAAACAAGAAGACGCCGCGGCGGCAGAAUAUUGGUUGGCGCCAUUUUCAUAGCAAUUAUWUCGGUUUGAAGAAAUCUGAAAUGAAAAUUCGUAGCGUACAGUAAGAGAAUUCAUAAUUGUUACUGAUUUUCUUUCGAUUGUUGGGGAAAUGUACACAAAAAUGUUAUUAAAAAAUAAUUUAAUAGGAUAUUAAUAAAAAGUUAUCCACACUAAAUAAACU